UUCUGCGUCCAGUCUGUCUGCACAGGCCAGGAACACCUGCACAAGUGGUGACCCUUGCUGCCGAUCUCCUGUGAGCCUGGAAGCAAGGAUUGUAAGAGCUAGACCCUUUCUCCGUGUGUCUGUGGCCCGGGUCCUUCACUGCAGCAGGGUAGCCUCGCUGGGCUGUGUCCGCCAGGCUGCGCUUUUCCCGAGGCCUGGGCACCUGUCCUCUGCGCUUCUCGCGCGCAGAAGUGGAGUUCGGCCGAGCCUUCGGGAAACAUCCUGUGCGCCUCCGCUUCUCACCGCCGGUUCCACCUCUGAUGGCGACCGCGAGGAUGGACAGGGCUCAGGGCCACGUGACCUUUGAGGAUGUGUUCGUGUACUUCUCCCAGGAGGAAUGGGAGCUUCUUGAGGAGGCUCAGCGAUUCCUUUACCGUGAUGUGAUGCUGGAGAACUUUGCACUUGUGGCCACACUGGGUUGUCGGUGUGAAGCAGGCAAUGAGGAGGCAUGUUCUGAGCAGAGCAUAUCUGUACAAAAAACGUCACAGAUCAGAACUGAGUCAGGUCUUUUCUUCCAAAAAGCCCACCCAUGUGAGAUGUAUGAUAUACUCUUGAAAGCCAUUUUGCCCCUAGGUGAAUACCAGGGCUCGUAUGCUAUUCAGAAACUGCACAUGUGCGAGCCACAUGGGAGAGGAUUUUCACUCAGUGCAAACUUUUACCAUCACCAGAAGUGGCAUUGUGGAAACAUUCCCUUUGGAAGAAAUGAUGGACUGGCCUCAUUUGUAAAGAGCUGUACAGCCCAUGUGUCAGGGAUACCCGUUGUGUGCAGGGAGGCAGGGACUGACUUGCUGGACAACGCUGGCCUCUUCCAACCCCAGACCCCACACAGUGAAACGAUUGCACAGAGAAAGAAUGAGUGGAUGGAGUCUGUCCCAGCCAGCUCCAUGGUUGGCCAACCCCAGGAAGACCACGAUGGACAGAUGAUUUUCAAUUGCAGCAAUGAUGGAAAAGGCUUUCUAAAUACUUCUGUUCAUGACAGCCAGACAACUCAGACUGAGUCAAGUACCUUUAGGUGCCUACCAUGUGGAAAUGUGUUUGAACAGAAGUUAAGUCUUUUCAGUCACAGAGAAAUUCACAGUGGAGAAAGAGCUCAUGUAUGUGGAAAGACCUUCAUUCACCUGUCUUACCUCAAAAUGCACCAGAAUUGUCACACUGGAAAAAGACAUUACACGUGCAGGGAAUGUGGAAAGACUUUCCUCCGUAUAGACACAUUUGUUCAGCACCAGAGAGUUCAUACUGGAGAGAGGCCUUUUAAGUGCAGCGAGUGUGGCAAAGCUUUCAGCCGUAAAGACACACUUGUUCAACACCAGAGAUUUCACACUGGAGAGAGGCCUUACAAAUGUAGCGAAUGUGGGAAAUUCUUUAGCCAAACCUCCCACCUUAUUGAGCACUGGAGAAUUCAUACUGGGGCAAGGCCUUAUGAGUGCUCUGAAUGUGGGAAAUUCUUUAGCCAUAAAUCCAGCCUCAUUAAACAUCAGCGAGUUCACACAGGAGCAAGGUCUUACAUGUGCGGCAAGUGUGGGAAAGCUUUCAGCUGCAAAGACAUACUUGUUCAGCACCAGAUAAUUCACACUGGAGUGAGGCCUUAUGAAUGCAGCCAGUGUGGGAAGGCCUUCAGCCGUAAGGACACCCUUGUGAAACACCAGAAAAUCCACGCUGGAGAAAGGCCUUAUGAGUGUGGUGAAUGUGGGAAGUUAUUCAGACAUAGCUCCAACCUUCUUGUACACCAGAGAGUUCACACUGGGGCAAAGCCUUAUGAGUGCAGUGAGUGUGGGAAGUGCUUUAGUCACAACUCCAGCCUAAUUCUGCACCAGAGAGUUCACACUGGAGCAAGGCCUUAUGUGUGCAGUGAGUGUGGGAAAGCCUACAUUAGUAGCUCUCACCUUGUUCAACACAAGAAAGCUCACACCGGAGCAAGGCCUUAUGAGCGCGGUGAAUGUGGGAAAUUCUUUAGUCGCAACUCUGGCCUCAUUCUCCAUCAGCGUGUUCACACUGGAGAAAAGCCUUACGUCUGCGAUGCAUGUGGGAAGACCUACAGCAGGAGCUCCCGUCUUGUGCGUCACCACAGAGUUCACCUUGGAGAUAGGCCUCACACGCAGUUUUAGUGAUCCUUAGCUGCUUCUCUUUAACUUGUUUUGCAUAAAAUAAGUGACAAGAGAAAGGCCCAUGAAUGCAGAAAAGUCACCAUUUCCUCUUUCUGGCUCACUAGAAGAAAGCUCUGCAUGCCCUCUGGAGACAACCUCACAGGUGAAUUUGGCCCUUUUUACAUCCAUCCUGGGGAGACUCCAGUAAGCACCACAUAUGUGGGAAGUUGUCACGAGAUGCGUCAGACUCUCAGUACCACUCAGGGCUCUUGGCAGUUACGUCACUGCCAGUGCCUGUGGUGGAAGCCAUCAUAUGCUGCCAGCUGUGUGUGUUGAGCCCUCUGUUUGCUCAGUGACGGCAGACAUCUGCUCCAUCUUCUGUUCCCUGUAGGAAUCAUGAAUAUUCUGAGCCCACUGAGGGUCCUCAUUUCCUUUCUCAGGCUAGGUUCUGAGUGGCCAUGAUUUAGCUCUGGCAUGAAGGAUCUGAGCUAGGGUCUGCUGGGGAUUUCCAGGAAAGAUUCCCCACUGGCAUUGUUGACCAUGAACACAGUAGUCAUCCAAGUCACCCAGCCUUGUAAACUGCCUAUUCCUUGAUGCAGUUUAUACGUCGUAAAUGUUAUAUAUUAUGUCAUCCUUUCCUCUUGGUUCUAUGUACUACGUAGAGUGGACUGAGAAAAAAGUAGUCUGCCAAUGUGAGGGAGGAGUACCUUUUGUGGCACAAAUUUUAUUUUCUUGAUCACAGGUUGGCCAUGAAGAGUUCUCAGUCUAGUUUGGCUUAAUGUACACUGUUGUAGGCCUGCUAGAAAAGACUGAAGAGCUUUUUGUGCCUAAUUCUCUGACUUGAAUGCAAAGAUCUCUUGUGAGCCCAAUGUUCAUUCUGAGGAAGGUAUAGCUGGUGUGAAAAUCUCCCACGUUUCUGGAAGCAACAUGAGUUGACUCCCUAAGUGUCACAUAGUCCCUAACACUGUUGAGGGAUUACUGUCUCCUAGACCUGUACAGGAGCCAGUCUCUUAUAUCCAGAGUACCAUAGGCAAGUGCCAUGGGUUGUAAGACCUACACAGCAAGGUGAGAAUCACUGGUACAGAAACAAUGAAAUAACAGUAGGGGUGACUCUGGCAAACCUUGAUUCGUCCUUUAGACAAGACUUUCCACAAUGUCCAUGUAAUUAUGGCUGUGUGGGAUGAGGAUGUACAGAAAUUCUCAAAGGCUCCAGACAUUGCUGUUUCCUGGGGCCACAGCUACUGUGAGAGUAGAAAAGGUUUGUGGAUUUUUGUAGCUCUGUGGGUGUUGACCUUAAGGCAUCAUUCCUGCUUCUCUGACUCAGAAGAGGCACGGUGCUCCCAGAUCUCACCUUCACUCCUGGAAACUGAAGUGGAUACAAGCUUUAUUGUUCUCCACGUUUUGGUCAGACUGAGGCAAAGGUCACUCUCCUAAAUUGAGAGAGGGAUACAGUACAGCCAAAGAAGUUGGCACAUCUGACUUUCCAUGAGGAGUUGUAGAUGAUUUUCCAUACUCAGCUUGAAUAUUUAGCUCUUAGCAGCUUUAUUGAGAUAAUGAUUAACACUCACUACACUACAAAUAGGUAAAUUAUAAGAUGUGCACUCUUUCAGCCUGUGUGUACACUUGAAAUUGCCCUAGUCAAGAUAAUGAAUGUAUCAACAGAAACAUAAGAUUCCUUGUGUCUCUAUAGCUGCACCGGUCUUUCUUAUUCCUCCCACAUUUACAAACAAUUAGAGGCAUUUUAUAUAAAAAAAGAAACCAGGGUAUGUACUCUUUUGAGGUUGAGAACUCUAGCUUUUUUCAUUAAUCAUC